GGUCUCAAGUGCUUGUUUGGGGAUCUCAGUGCCUUCUCUUCUAUCUUCGGUGAGCGAAAAGUAUUUUCUACUGGCUGAUCUUAUUUUCUUCUUCUUUUCCUUUCGGCUUGUCCCGUUAGGGGUCGCCAAAGCGUGUCAUCUUUUUUAUCGCAUGCAUGUUCCUCUCUAACACCCACUGUCCUCGUGUCUUCCCUCACAACAUCCAUCAACCUUUUUUUUUUUAAGUCUUCCUCUCGCUCUUUUGCCUGGGAGCGCCAUCCUCAGCAUCCUUCUACCAAUAUACUCACUCUCUCGCCUCUGGACAUGUCCAAAACAUCUAAGUCUGCUCUCUCUAACCUUGUCUCUAAAACAUCCAACUUUGGCUCUGCCGUUAAUGAGCUCAUUUCUAAUCCUAUCCAACCUGCUCACUCCUAGCGAGACCUCAACAUCUUCAUUUCAGCCACCUCCAGUUCUGCUGCCUGUUGUUUCUUCAGUGGCUCCGUCUCUAAUCCGUACAACAGUGUCCGUGCCUGUUUGUGGUUCUUGCUGCCUUCAAUUUUGUCUUAUGUAAGUGAAACGCAUGUUCUAUUGUGUUGAGAUCAGGUGACUAACGUGGCCAUUGCAGAAUAGUCAGUGUUUUGCCUUUGAAAAGUUCCCAGCUCCUGUUUAGUGUUUUUUUUCUGCCUUCACUUCUGUCUUCAGUGAGCAAUAGGCAAUUUUUAUUGGAGUGAGAUCAGGUAACCAACUCGGCCAGUGAAGAAUAUUCAUACGAUUAUAUUCAAUUGCUUCUUGAUUGUUUAUUUUUGUCAUCAGUGAGUAAAAACAAACUGCUGUAUUGGGUUUCAAUCCCAUGUUCUACUUAGCCACUGCGGAAUAUUGAAUUUGUUUGCCUUCAAAAACUAUUCAUUUAUUUCUCAUUUGACAGAUUCUCUGGUUUGCUAUGUCCGAUCUAUUGAUCCAUCUAUGCACGUAUAAUACAUGUUCAUGUCAUCACACUGCCUCCAUCAUGUGAUGUGGUGUGCCUUUUGGAUUACAAGCUAUUGCGUUCCUUCUUAUGUUUCCCUCGCCAUCUGUAUCUAAUCAUCACCAUUUGCACCGAAGCUGCAACAAAUCAGUUCAUUUUCGUCGACAGUUAACACCUAUGAACACCCACGAAGAAGGAAGAAGGCGGGAGGACAUCAAAAUGAGAAUGGAGGAGGAAAGGAUGGUUGUUGUUUUUGUUUUUUUCCUUUUUGCAGCGUGUGUGCGAGGAGGCUGUGCCUAAUUUCUGAGUGCAUAAGAGGAUCCCUGUGUGCGACCCUCUCAGCAUUCAGGACCAGAGUGCCAGGCGAUCCAACUAUUCUGCUGCCAUCCGGGGCCCACUGGAGCUCAUCUUUUUAUUCCCACUAUUGUCCUCAAGACUACAUUUCCUUCGAAGGGAACUUAGGGGGGGAUAGCAAAGGGUUUGUUUAAGCCGUGUGAGCCAGCGGGAGUCUCAACAUGGCUGAGUCCCACAAGAGGAGCGUACGUCUCGGGCUCUGGGUGCUCCUCUUGCUGGCAGCAGGCACGGUUGUGGACGCAUGCAGCUGCCAUCCAGCUCACCCACAGCAGCUCUUCUGCAGCGCAGAGACGGUGAUCAGGGCCAAGAUCGCCGGGGAGAAGAUUGUGUCGCCUAGCAACAGUUCCUCCCCCUACAUGAAGAUGAUCCAGUAUGAAAUAAAGAUGAUCAAGAUGUUCAAAGGGUUCGACAAGGCCAAAGAUAUCCAGUAUGUGUACACUCCCGUGUUCUCCUCGCUGUGUGGAGUUAAGUUAGACUCCAACAACAAAGCCGGGUAUUUGCUCUCAGGAAGUAUGUGGAGCAACGGGAGGCUUUCAAUUGGCCAGUGCGACCUGGUGGAGUCCUGGGACAAUUUAUCGCUCUCGCAAAGGAAGAAUCUCAACUACAGAUACCAGAUGGGCUGCGAAUGCAGAAUUAACGUGUGCUACACAGUGCCAUGCGCGUCCACGGGAGAAAACGAAUGCUUGUGGACGGACUGGUUGCUGGACAACAGCCUCAACGGCGAGCAGGCACGGCAGUACGCGUGCAUCCGGCGCUCCGACACGACCUGCGGCUGGUACAGGGGGGGCCACGCCCCCGAGAAAGACUUCCUGGACAUGACUGACCCUUGACCGACUCAAGAAUCCAUCUCCAUCUGACUCCUGUGACGCCUCCGGUCAAAGGGGAGAAUGCUGCUUUGGCUUUUGUAGCUCAGAUGUGGAUGCUUAUGCGUAACGUAGCAACAAACUUCAUCUCAAUCGGGCUGAUAUAUCUGAAAGAGCUACAACUAUCACACGGAUGCUGCACCAAUGCUAAUCAAUAUAUUAUUGGAUAUCUUUUUAGAGGCACUAGGGAAACCUUGCGUUACCUUUGACCAGGAUGUAUACUUUCAGUCCGAAUACAGCUUUGUUUCACUUGCUUGGUAUCGUGAAAUUGAAAUUUCCUGACACAGAAAAACAAGUUCGUGCUUUUAUGAUCUCUAGGCUGGAUUACUUUCACUCUGAAAUCUCAAGAUGCUGUGAAACAGGCUCUAAGGACCAGUUGGUUAAGAAUGCUGCUACUUUAGUGCUGAUUAAGAAAAAAAAAAAAAAAAAAAAAAGACAUUCCAUUCCUCCUGUACGAGCUUAACUACAACAAUUUAGAAUCUAAAAUGCUUAUCCUCCCCUAAUAGCGCUAAAUGGUCCGAGCUGGUGAUAUUCUCUGAUCAUAAACUCGCAGAGCCUUUAAAAGUAAUUUUAUGCAAAAUACACAAUGCCCACUGAUUUAAAAAAAAAAAAAAAAAAAACUUUUAUGCUGCCACUGAACACUGCGAAAAUCAAAAUUGCCUCAGAAAUUUGCUAAUGGGGUUUUCAGCCAUUGUUCAUGUUUGGUAACGCAAAAACGCUUAUAUCUCAAAGUUAUCAUCUACGAUAUGACAAUUUUGGUACAUAUUUUCACAAGAAUCAUGGAAGUUGACACAGAUGGUUUGCCUUCGCCGGCCACAUAAAACCUUGGGGUGGGCAGGAUAUGGCCCCCGGGCCAUGGGUUUGACACAUGUGAUCUAAAUGCUCAGAGAAAUUGAUAACUUAUAACCUACUAAAGUGCUACGCAGUUUUUUUUCUACACGCUAACAUGCUCCCAGUGCCUUUAAAAGUGGUUUUAUGAAAAUUAUGCUAAUCCUUUCAGCUAAAAACAACGGAUGAACUGUUCCUGAAUAUUGCAAAUAUUUAAUUUCCCGUUUCAGAAAAACUAGUGCAUGCUUUUUUGACUUCUAGACGGUUUGAAAGUUCACUCCAUUUCAACAAGUCUGGAAAGAUAAAUCAAAUUUCUUACAUACUAACUUGAGAAAUUUAGAAUGCAUUGUAAUUUCAAAUUCUAAAAUCUGAUCAGAGCUUGUGGUGCCUUCACACGUUCAAAAACUACAGCUAAGUGCUACUAAAAAAAAAAAAAAAAAAAACUACCUAACAGCUAAUGAACAUCGCAUAAUUGAAAAUUCCCUUUGCAAAAAAACUGUUGCAUACUUUUUAUGACCUCGAGGCUGUAAGGUAUUACGACACUCUAUUGGCGGGCUGCUGCAGUCUCUGAAAACUCUUCAGCUGGUCCACGAAGCUGUUGCACUAGUGCUGAAUGAAAACAUUUGCUCACUACCAAGAAAAUUAUGAAUAGAAUUUUAAACACUUCUCGUCAGGUAAUAGCACUAAAGGCGACGACACUCCCAGACCUUUUAAAUGGGAAAAACAAAAUAAAAUUUAAAAAACUUCCAAAUUAUGAUACUUGGCACUGAAAAUCACCUGCAAUUAAUUGACUUCAGAGUGAGGCCUUUUGUUAUUUGCAUGAGGGUAACACCUUGGUUUGGCAACAUAAUUAUGAUACAUAUAAAAAUGUUGGGCUUUCCACUGAGGUACAGAAUGCAAAUUACAAAUGGGUCACAAUUGGACAAAUAUUGAUUAUUAUAUUCCAUGUAACAACAAUUCCUGUGAUUGUAAAUAUUUUAUUUCCUUGCGCAUUAACGUUGUAGAAGCUAACCGCAUCUCCUUUUACAGCAUAUACUGUACCGAUACACGGUAUUACAUUUUUAAGCAUUUUAAUCUGCUUUGCUAUUUAAAAUAACAUUUUUCCCCCCAUACAAGAAGCUCAUAUAAAAUCCCUAAACUUGUUGCUGCGUUUAAUUUAAAAUGCAUUAUAAGUCAGUAACCACCACGCUUGAGCCACCGAUCAAAAAUUACAGCAAGUCAGCAUAUUUUACAACUAUAUAUUAUCGUUGCAUGAUUUGUUUUGCUAUGUAUUAAUCAUUAACACAAUGAUUCUCUUUGCUUUUAGUCAAGUAUUAUGAAACAAUGCAUGUUUUAUACUGAAGAAUCUGUUGGGGAUUUGUAUUUAUGUAUGUUUUUUUUUUUUUUGUCAAAAUAGUGGUGUGUGUGGUUGCUGUUUUGGUUUUGUAUUUCUAUGCACCAAAAAAGAUUGUAUAUAAAAUGUUUGAAUGGAAUAUUGUGUU